AUGGAUGAGAAAAAGAGAAGUCUGACUACAUGUUACCCAAUCAUACAUAAUUCUACGAAGAUACUCAUGGUUUUAACCGAUAUAAAAUCAUGCGAUCAGAGAGAACAAGAAUAUGACAUGAUUCCCUCGGAAUACAUCAAACAGAUGCUAAUGAGCGCUCAAGAGAGGGUCGAUUAUUUAUUAAAACCAGGUCGCAGUAUAAACGUACGGCAUUUAUACGACAAUUGCGAAAGCCAAUACUUCAAGGCUACACCUAGCAUUGUUCUCUUUCAACAAUUCGUUCCUGGCAAUGUAUACAAUAUGAUGCUCACAAUUCGGAACGUGACAAAAAUGUCGCGACACCUAAAGAUCUCGCGCAACCCCGAUCCCUUCUUUUCCGUGGAAUAUCACGGAUCGAAUUAUAGCACUAUGGUAGCGCCAGGACUCGUUCACGUUUAUAACGUCAGGUUCAACCCGGCAGAGAAACGAGACUACGAGUAUCGUGUCGAGUUUAUCAACGAUACCGAAAUCUUUGAAGUGCCGGUAAUUGGUCAAGUUAAUACUAUUUUAGCUAUCGGUCCGAGACCUAUUCUAGAUAUUCCUGAUCGGAUCGAAAUACCAGCCACCGCGGUGAAAAUUCCCUCCUCAAAAACUAUUUUAGUACGCAAUGUAGGAGAUAUGCCGGCAAUCUUCAAUUUUUACUCCGAUAAUCCAAGUUUUUCCGUCGAACCGUCAAAAGGCAUAUUAGAGGAAGAAGAAACUAUGCAACUUACUGCAAACUUUUUAUCCGAGAAAUCUGGCGAAUUCAAAGCAAAUCUUUUUCUUAAUUAUGAAUCAGGGGAGAAACUUUGCUUAACAUUACAAAGCUUAGCAAUAAACUGCACGAUUCGAAUUGAUAGAGGUAGUGUCAGAAUGGAAAACACUUAUUUAGGUUUAUCUAGAAGCAAACUCCUGACGAUUCACAAUAGAAGCGACUAUGUCGUGAAAUUCCAAUGGAUGCGUUUUAAAGACAGGCAUGCUGAUAUACAACGAAAGGAAGAAUACAAAACAUUAUUUCAACUGGUGCAUAAUAUGGAGAUGGUGCGUUGUGUCAGUCUCGUUCAUUACAAUAUUUGCCUGCCAGAUAUUCACGAACUUAUCUGCCAGCGGAUUUACGCGGACGAGAUUGCUUCCUUGAUGAAUGAGAAUUUCUACUACAAUCAUAUGUCCUUUCUUCUUAUGCCUGAGAAAGGCGAAAUUUGGCCUCAAUCUUCCGCAGAUAUUACAGUGUUUUUUCGAGCCAUGGAAGUAGGCGAGAUAUCGAGCGUUGCUUAUCUUGAAGUAACAGGUCGCGAGGACAGAAUAGCCCUGAGUCUCCAUGGAACAGGCAAGGGACCAGUUUUCCAUCUCAAUGUGAUUACUAUCGAUGUUCAGAAUAUUUUCCUGUGUUCUGUGCACAAUUACGAGAUUGUAGCGGCAAAUAAAGGGCACAUUUGUGGUACGCUGAUUUAUAAAGCAAGACCGACAGAUUUUGGUGGCACAAUUAAUAUUACUCCGUACGCUCUAACAUUGAAACCAGACGAGUAUAAAUCAUUUAAUUUAUCAUUUUCUUCAAAUCGAAAAGGAGACUUUGUAGAAAGAAUCGACUUUGUCGUUAAAGAGAGUUUGGAAGUAUUAUCUUUGCAUAUCAACGUAACAGUAAUGGAAGAUGGAGAUCAGACAUCUCUGACUCACAAAGAGUUUGCGGUAUCUGAAGCGAAACUAAGUUUUCCAACUAAUCCUCGCGAGUUUAUAAUAACUCCACAAAAAGGAGUGGUACAGGCGCACAGUUCGCUUAAACUAAGGGUGACAUAUACAGCGAAUAUUGUUCGAAAUGGACGUUUGAAUAUUCGAGUCGACAUGUGGGAUUCGGAUUCGGAUCCAGUAAUACUACCGAUCUCGUUUUGUGGUGCUAUUCCCUCUCUAUCUAUUAAACCCACGGAGAUUUCUAUUAGAUUUUCUUUCAUCAACUUCCCUUACGCUCGUUCUAUUAACGUAGAGAAUAACUCUGACUUGGAUGGAUAUUUCUAUAUAAUACCGCAGGCGAUAUCCGAGAAUAUACCCAUAGUAUAUUCACUGUCAUCCUACCAAGGUUUUUUGAAAGCACGACAAUCGAAAACGAUUGACACUACUAUCAUCACCAAAGUUCUGGGCAAACAAACAACUACAUUAAAUAUGUUGACAAUGGGCGAAGAGGCUCCAGUUACAUCUUGUACGAUUAUAUGUACUGGUCAGGGACCAGUAGUAUCUGCGCAACCCACUUGUCUCAAUUUUGGGGAGAUACAAGUGCUUCAAAAUAAAAUCAUGAAUUUUCGCAUAAUUAACGACUCGCCGAUACCAGCGCAAUUCAAAUUAACAUCAGUAAAUAUUUUUCGAAUAAAUUGCUUUAAACAAUGAGUUUAUAGAAUAUACAAAAAAUACGAGAAAAGUUACAUUCCAAAAUUAUCUUAUUAUUAUUGCUUAGCGUAAAAAA